AUGCCAAAUGGAACUCUAUCCCAACAUCUUCAAAGAGAAAGGGGAUCAGUAUUGUCAUGGAAUAUACGUCUGACCAUUGCUGCUGAAAAGGCUCAUGCAAUUGCUCAUCUUCAUUCAGCAAUGAAUACUCCAAUAUACCAUAGAGAUAUUAAAUCUAGUAAUAUACUUCUAGAUUUCGAUUUCAACGCAAAAGUGGCAGACUUUGGUCUUUCAAGAUUUGGCGUAACAGAUGAUUCCCACGUUUCUACAGCACCACAAGGGACUCCUAGCUAUGUUGAUCCCCAAUACCAUCAAAACUUCUAUCUUUCCAACAAAAGCGAUACGUAG